GAAAAACUAAUUUCAGAUCCAUUUGUAUUAAUAGUUCUAAAAGAUCGCAGGCUGCGAGUUUCCUUCAUUCAGUCAUCUGAGUCCUCUCUGUGUGUGUGCGAAAAAAAGGAAAAAAUGCACGGAAGACCACGCAAAGCUCCAACUCUAGAAGAGCAAGAAGCUUUUAGUGUCAAAGCUUCCAAAUUACGGUCUCUACAAUCACAAUUUCUCCAAUUUCAUCACGCCAAAAUAUAUACAAAGGAAGCUUUAGAUGUAAGUGCAAAGUUGUUAGAGUCGAAUCCUGAGUAUUAUACUGCUUGGAAUUAUAGAAAACUUGCUGUCCAGCAUAAUUUGAAUCUACCUGAGGUGGAGAACAAUGAGGAGUCUGUUAAGUCAAUUCUCGAUGAAGAACUCAGAUUGGUAGAGAAUGCGUUGAGGAGGAAUUUCAAGUCUUACGGAGCAUGGCAUCACCGUAAAUGGGUGCUGAGCAAAGGUCAUUCUUCCACAGACAAGGAAUUGUUGCUUCUGGGUAAGUUCCAGAAGGCAGACUCCCGCAAUUUUCAUGCAUGGAAUUAUAGAAGGUUCGUCACAACAUUGAAGGACAUACCAAAUGAGAAGGAGCUAGAAUACACUACCGACAUGAUAUAUGAUAAUUUCAGCAACUAUUCUGCUUGGCACAACCGCAGUGUUCUUCUUUCUCAUUUGCUGAAGGAAAAAGCGAAAGGAUAUUCUCCCAAGGACAAUGUAUUUACAGAUGAGUACGAGUUUGUGCGUCAUGCUCUUUUCACAGAUCCAGAUGAUCAAAGUGGUUGGUUUUAUCAUCUGUGGCUUCUUGAUCAGACAGUUAAACUAGAGACAUUGUUGGUUUCUUCAUGGCCACCACAUGGCUGUAAUCUUUCUUUAUCCGCGGAUGGAUCGUUUGGAGAUUGCUCUUUAUCACCCUUUACGAAUCUUCAGACUAAUACUAGAACACUUCCACUCAUUCUCUAUUUCAGCGAAGCUGUUGAGAAUAUAUGCUCAUCUACAGUAGUAAUCGAAUGUGAAAAUAUUGCGAGUAAUGAGCUCGUCUGGAGAUCACUCUCAGGAGAUGGAGCUGGGUCUGCUCAAGCUUGGUUGACAUAUCUUAAUUUCCCAGAGGAACAUGCACAUUCUGAAAAGGCUUACCAAGUAAAGGUCAGCCUUGCUCGUUCUCGAGGCAUUUUCUCUUCAACUGGUGUUCAUCAUGGAGAUUCUUCUCAUAUUGAAUUUUCAGUGUCUGUACCACCUUAUCGUUCAGAACAUGUUGAUUUAAAAAAUGAAGGGAAAAUCUCUUGGAGUGAUGAAAGUUUCUGCACUCAUGACACACAGUUUCUUGAGUCAGCUCUGGUUAACUUGUUCCAUCUGGAAAGAACCAAGAUAGAUGAAACAGUGGUGGACUAUCAGUGGAAUAUUACGACCAUCAAUAAUGAGAUAUCACACUAUAGGGAGUUGUUAUCAACAAUGAACUGUAAAAUUGGGAAGCUGACACUUGCCAGACUGCUGAUUGCCCAUGACACCUUAAUGUCAUAUACUGGCACUAGUCACAGAAAUUUUAGCCACCAUGCAGAAGUUCUUCAACUUUAUGACGAUUUAAAGAAAAUGGACCCAGCACAUCUCCACUACUACCAGGAUGAGUACAGUAUAGUACUUCUGAAACAGACAAUCUCCAAUCAAGAAUUGUUGUUGAAGCACUGCCGUAAAUAUAGGGAUCCAUCUUUUCCAAGAAUCAAUAAUUUCUGUCUGCGGCUUAAUAAUCUCUCACUUUCACGUAUUGGGUCUAUGGAGCAACUUUUGUGGGUCCAAGUAUUAGAUCUCAGCCACAACCAACUUAAGACACUUGAAGGCAUGGUAUUCAUCUGGUGUUUGACUUGCUCACUCCUGGGGGGAAGUACUCGCUCACACAGAGUUACAAUACACUAUUGAGGCAACAUGCUAGACUUAGAGUGUCUAACUUAAUCCGGACUAUUUGCUCAGCCUAAGCACAGCUUCAUAUUGUAGCUAGCUAUUCAAGACAAAUUACUAACCAAAGAGAGACUCAAGAGAUAAAAUAUUCCAGUGGAGGGUGACACUGCUGCUUGUGUGAUAUAUCACUGGGGGAGACUAAUAUCCAUCUGUUUUCUACUUGUGAAUGGAUGGUGAGAGUUCAAACUGAAAUUCAGCAAUGGUUUGGGACACUUACUCCCACUGAAAGUGUCAAACAUAUCCUGAAUAGACUCAGAAGGAAGCAUUGACAGCAAUUUCUCAAGGAACUUAUUGCUGCAUUGUGUGGAGCAGUGAUAUACCGGAUUUGGAGAGCAAGGAACUGGAAACUGUUUAAAGGCAUUACUGUAAAUACAGAUACAGCCGUGACAUAGAUUAUGAAGGAAUUUGUAUAUAGACUUGAGGUAGUUAAACUGUCUAGAAAGGCAAAUAGAUAUAGCUGGUUGUUGCUUAGAUUUUGUGUAACUAGAUCUCUGUAGGAGGCUUAACUCUUUCUUAGAAGGUGAUUAGGAGAUUGAGUGCUCUUUAGGUGUAUUUUUUGUGCUUUGUGAGAAAUAUAGGAAAAGAAUAUUAUUGAA